AUGACAUCGACUGAAUCAAAACUUGCAAAAUCCUGCCAAAGACUUGCUAUUGCCGCUCUUUUGGGAACAUUGAUUUCCGCCUACGGAUCCUACGUAGAACUGACUCUCGAGGAAAAUGAAAAUUACGAAGCGAUGUGUGACAUCAGUGAAAAAAUCAGUUGUUCAAAAGUCUUUUCGACGGAAUAUGGAAAAGGAUUUGGAAUUGUUGGAAAAGUAUUGGGAGAAGAUUCCAUAUUGAAUGUUCCGAAUGGACUUUUUGGGUUAGUUUUUUACCCGUUUUUCCUAGUGACAGCUUUUAUCAAAUGUGGUAAAGUUGCAAGAGCUCAAAAAUGGAUGGCCUUGACUUCGAACUUCCUUUCCGUGUAUUUGGCUUACUUACUGUACUUUGUGAUACAGAAUCUUUGUGUUGUUUGUGUGGCUUUGUACAUCGUAAAUGCAUUUUUACUGGUAUUUUCAUGGCAGAAAGUAGCUGCCAUUGAACGAAUUAAACAGAAGACUCAAUAA